GAUUCAGGCUGAGGGCCAGAAAGGUGAAACGAGAAUCUUGAGCAGAUUAACUUUCAGAAGAAAAUAAACUGCACGCAUACAAUAUCACCAUAAAUCAGCCACAACUCCCAAGAACAUCAGCCAGGCUGACAGGCCUUAAAUUAGACCCAGCAGCAACUUUGUUUUGGAUCCCAUACAUCACAUUUCCGCCUGCUCUGAUCUCGCUUUCUCAAAGCACGAAGGAUGUUCCCAUUUACAAAAUUACUGCUCUCAGAUGGCUCUGGAGAACAGGGGCAUGGUAAGCACAACUCAUCUGAAAUGUUUAGGGAACCUUGUGUAUUUCCUUAUCUUGCCUGCUCCCCAGAGCACAAGAGGGGAGUCUUAGACUGCACAUGAGACCAACCCAUUAUGUCACAUUUUUGUUGCUGGUAUUGUCCAGAAACGUCACCACAGACACAGUGAGGCAGGUGUGGUCUGUCCAGGCUGCAUGUCUGAGGCACAUUGGCGGGGCUGGGUGAGGGAAGCUGGCCCAUCCUAUACUUGUUCUGGUGUUCAAUGUAUUCAGUAUCCAGAGCUGUCAAUCUUACACGUUUCAACAGCACUAAUAUCAAAAUAAAGGAAAAAUACUGAGGUAGCAUGUUUGGCAAGAAGGGAAUGGGCAGAGAAUUAAAAAAGGCUCUCCCUCCUAUUCUGUACUAGAAAAGGCCUCACCUGGAAUCCUGGAUCUGAUCUAAUCUCCCCCAAACUUUGGGAGAGUUUGCCUCUAGAUCCAAACAUUGCAGUUUAGGACAAUCUUUAGCUAAUACCCUUCUCAUAUUUUGCAGUCUCAGCUCAGAGAAAUUAGGAUUUAUUAUUUGUAUUAUGGUAGCACGUAGGGGCCCCAUUGUGUUAGUGCUGUACAAAUAGUAUAAAAAGAUGAUUGUUGCGCCAAAGAAAUUGCAGUCUAAGGCCCCAAUCCUGCAAUCACAGUAAAAAAUGCCAGAUUCUUGCCAUUACCUAUUUUAGGUGCUUUCACUGCUAGAACUUCUCUUUGCCUGGGUUAGGUCAGUUGUGGUUACUAUGUCUUUGGCUGUCUUGGAUCUUUCAAACUUCAGCUUUAUUUCACCAUUGAUUAAGUUAUUGGCUUCUUUUUUAAGCACUAGGUGAUUUUGCUCCCUUUUAAGAACAUCAUAUUUUGAUUCAGUUUAAACUUUCCUUUGUUACUCUCCUCCUCCUGGGUAAACAAAAUGUCAGAUGCCAAACAAACAAGGCAACUCUCAACAUAUACAGCUCAUAAAUUCAGAAUGGAAGAGACAAUGAAACAAGCACCAGAACUCCAUGUAAAGAGCAUGAUAAUCAUAUCCACACCCAACAACUAAAACCCCUUCUCAGAGCCCUCAAAACACACCUUCAACACCCCUCUCCAUUCCCUGCCCUCCCUGAUAGCCACAGAAUACAACACCCGAUUUCCUGCACCAGCCCCAAAACACAGCUUCCCUGACUCCUGGAAAACAUAACAGCCCAUUUCCCCUUCAGCCCCAAAACACAAUGCUUACGGCUUCAUGGCUGUUUAAGGGUCAAAUCUCUGUGGACAGUUUCCAGCCAAAAUCUGGCAAAGGCCCUUGAGUUGUCUCAGCUCUCCAGCUGGGCUCAACAGUCCGUGAUUAGGUACUCUAUUUUAGCCUUUUUUCAACUUUCACAAUAUUAUUGCAAGGCCUGCAUUAUUUGGUGCUUUUCAUGAAGCCCCAGCUCCUGGAAUCCUGUCAUUACAUGAGAAUCUCAGCUGUCUUUUUCUUCUUGUUCUUCCAAGUUUCUAGCUUCCAUGAUCACAGAGAAAAAAGCUUGAAAACAUGAACCAAUGGCAUCCAAAAUAGCUUGGAAACCAGAAAACAAAAAAAUAUUUUAAAAAUCUCAUUAUUUUUAAGCCAACCUUAUUAUUUUUAGGCCCAACUAAUUAAUUUGCAGCUAAGGGUUAGUGAUAUUGACAGCAGCAUUGCCAGUUCUUAUGAUUUUAUCAUGCUACUUAUGAUAUUUGGUGGUUUUCUUAAAGCCCCAGCUCUUGGAGUCAUGAUGAUGAGUGGCUCAUCUUUCAAUUUUAAAAGAGUCUCUAACCCUCAUGGUUGAAAAGCUUGACCCCAAUGCACCCUAAAGGUGGCUCAGAAACUAGACAGUAAAGGGGGAAAUACCCACAUUUAUUGUUUGAAUGAACUCUCAUGAUACAGGAGCCUGUUCUGUGGUUUCUGAGGGUUGGCCUCACUGUAAGCUUCAUGGCCAGGCUCUGCCCAGAUCUAUCUAGGUUCCAGGAGGAAGCUAUGAAGAACAGACUCAGUAUCCACCCCCUGCACAAUAUAUGGACAAUCUCUGCUCUCUGCAAUGAGGUCUGAACUCUCACUAACUUAGGAUUCUGAUCCUACAGGAGAAUUGGCAUGCUCAGCGCUGUCCUUGGCCAUAGCAUUUUUAGUUAGGCAUCCGCGUAGCCCCCUUAGUCGCAGAGACUGACGGGGUCCUUGCUGUUAUGCGCGCCGCCAUCUUGUGCCCUGGUCCAUUGGUGGGCGCCGCCAUCUUGUCCCUCCCUCGGCCUGGGCGCUGCCAUCUUGUGCCCUCCCCGAUGGAUGAGGGCCCCCGCCGCUAACAGUGUGAGUCCAUCCGGUUUCAUCCGCUGCCUGGCCGGCCAUGGAGGGCCUCGCUUGCCGCCUGCUUCUCUGCCUGGGCUGCGCCCUGGCCGCCCCGGAGCUGCUCAAUGAGGAGGUGAAGCGGACGGUGGAUCUCAGCACCCACCUGGCCAAGGUGACGGCCGAGCUGAGCCUGGCCAACCCGGCGGGGGGCUCCGGGGCCGCUAGCUCCUUCCUGCUGGCGCUGGACCCCGGCCUGGAGAGCCACCUGGCCUACCUCGGGGUGCAGGUGAAAGGGGAGGAAGAGGAGGAGAACACCCUGGAAGUGCGGGAGACUAAGGUGAAAGGUAAAAGUGGCAAAUUCUUCACCGUGAAGUUGCCAUCGCCUCUGGCGCCAGGUGCCAAAAUCCGUUUAUCCAUUGAAACAGUUUUCACGCAUGUCCUGCAGCCGUACCCCACGCACAUCACACAGGCAGAGAAACAGUUUGUGGUCUUUGAAGGGAAUCAUUAUUUCUACUCGCCAUACCCAACGAAGACCCAAACUACGCGUGUGAAACUGGCCUCCAGGAACGUAGAGAACUACACCAAGCUGGGCAAUCCCACCCGGUCAGAGGACAUGAUUGAAUAUGGGCCCUUCAAGGACAUCCCACCAUAUAGCCAGGACAUCCUUAAGGUACACUAUGAAAAUAACAACCCGUUCCUGACCAUUACCAGUAUGAUACGGGUCAUUGAAGUGUCUCACUGGGGAAAUAUUGCUGUAGAAGAGACUGUUGACUUAAAGCACACAGGAGCUGUGCUCAAAGGGCCUUUCUCCAGAUAUGACUACCAAAGGCAGCCAGACAGUGGAAUAUCUUCUGUCAAAUCUUUUAAGACCAUUCUUCCUGCUGCAGCUCAGGAUGUAUAUUACCGAGAUGAAAUUGGAAACAUCUCUACCAGCCACCUUCUCAUCCUGGAUGACUCUGUGGAGAUGGAGAUCCGCCCCCGCUUCCCGCUCUUUGGGGGUUGGAAGACCCAUUACAUCGUUGGCUACAACCUGCCUAGCUAUGAAUAUCUCUAUAACCUUGGUGACCAGUAUGCCCUGAAGAUGAGGUUCAUUGACCAUGUGUUUGAUGAGCAAGUUGCAGACUCUCUGACCGUAAAGAUAAUCCUGCCAGAAGGUGCCAAGAAUAUUCACGUGGACAGCCCAUAUGAAAUCAACCGAGCCACUGACGAGCUCCACUACACCUACCUGGACACAUUUGGACGCCCGGUUAUUGUAGCGCACAAGAACAACCUGGUAGAGCAGCACAUCCAGGACAUUGUGGUGCACUACACCUUCAACAAGAUCCUGAUGCUGCAAGAGCCGCUGUUGGUGGUUGGAGCCUUUUACAUCUUGUUCUUCACAGUGAUCUUCUAUGUGAGGCUUGACUUCUCCAUCACCAAGGAUCCAGCUGCUGAAGCUAGGAUGAAGGUGGCCUGCAUAACAGAGCAAGUUCUCACCUUGGUGAACAAGAGACUGGGCCUGUACCGCCACUUUGAUGAAGCAGUGAAUAAGUACAAGCAGUCACGGGACAUCUCCACUCUAAACAGUGGCAAGAAGACCUUGGAGACAGAGCAUAAGGCCCUGACCAAUGAAGUAGCCUCUCUGCAGUCUAAGCUGAAGACAGAAGGCUCUGACAUGUGUGAUAAGGUGAGCGAGAUUCAGAAGCUCGACAGUCAAGUCAAGGAGCUGGUUCUGAAAUCGUCUGUUGAGGCAGAGCGGUUGGUGGCCGGCAAGCUUAAGAAGGACACGUACAUUGAGAAUGAGAAGCUGCAUUCCAACAAGCGCCAGGAGCUGGUCACCAAAAUUGACAACAUCCUCGAUGCACUAUAACUUCAGAGUUAAAUUGGUGGGAGGGGGGAGAAAUGUGAGUUGAGAUUAAAGGCUGUUGAGUGGACAUGCUCUGAGCCAAACCAGUGAUGCUCUUUGGUCAGCAAAAUCGGGGAAGGGAGAAAAUUUGAAAUGGAAAAUGCCUGCAAAUAACUUUUUUUGGCUUAGUCUUUUUUAGGACUUGUUUGCCUAUCAGCAUCUGCUGUGGAAGGGACCAUGGUAUAACAAGAUUUGGAUUUGGUUGUAACAGGGUUCCUUCCACACAGGCAAGGCAAGACCAGGUUAUAAAGCAGUCUCCGCUCUGUAUUUUGCUGUGUAAGAGGGCCCUUACUGUCCCUGUACAACUAGCCAGACAGCCUGGGUGCAGACAUGCUCAUGGCAGAUCUGAAUGUUGGGACCAGAGAGAAUAAAGGCAUCUUUGUUCUUCUGAAGGCUUUAAAAUAAAUCCAUUCCCCCUUGAAUUUAUACUUUUAUAUUUUGGGGAAUAAGGAACUCGAGCAAAGGAGUUUUGUACUGUUUUUUGUCACAAAAAGUGAGGUUUUUCAAGCUGGCAAUGUUCUGAGCCUGUUUAAAAUAAAGCAGUGGCUGGAGCCCAGUGCAGCUGAGAGGGUUUCAUCCCCUGAAAGCCUGUGCUUGUUCCUGUUAUUUUUUUUUUAAAAUAUGUAGGCAAGACGCAAUUGAAAUAAACACGGGAGGAUGGAUGUUCA